AUGGCUCGCAAAAACAACGAUUCACAAUAUAUACCCACCCAUAUUCCUUCAAAAAUUCACGAUUCCGGAAACGUCAAAUGCUUCCAGGACAAGUACUGCUCUAUUGGAAAGACUAGUUCUGCUCUAUUGGAAAAUGAGAAAUCUAAUACAAAACUCCAGGCCAGUCCUAGAGGUUGGGUCCGAGUACCUUUGCAAUGGCUCGCAAAAACAACGAUUCUCAAUAUAUACCCACCCAUAUUCCUUCAAAACUUCACGAUUCCGGAAACGUCAAAUGUUUCCAGGACUAGUUCUGCUCUAUUGGAAAGUGAGAAAUCUAAUACAAAACUCCAGGCCAGUCCCAGAGGUUGGGUCCGAGUACCUUUGCAAUGGCUCGCAAAAACAACGAUUCUCAAUAUAUACCCACCCAUAUUCCUUCAAAAAUUCACGAUUCCGGGAACGUCAAAUGUUUCCAGGACUAGUACUGCUCUAUUGGAAAGUGAGAAAUCUAAUACAAAACUCCAGGCCAGUCCUAGAGGUCGGGUCCGAGUACCUUUGCAAUGGCUCGCAAAAACAACGAUUCUCAAUAUAUACCCACCCAUAUUCCUUCAAAAAUUCACGAUUCCGGAAACGUCAAAUGCUUCCAGGACUAGUACUGCUCUAUUGGAAAGUGAGAAAUCUAAUACAAAACUCCAGGCCAGUCCUAGAGGUCGGGUCCGAGUACCUUUGCAAUGGCUCGCAAAAACAACGAUUCUCAAUAUAUACCCACCCAUAUUCCUUCAAAAAUUCAUGAUUCCGGAAACGUCAAAUGCUUCCAGGACUAGUACUGCUCUACUGGAAAGUGAGAAAUCUAAUACAAAACUCCAGGCCAGUCCUAGAGGUCGGGUCCGAGUACCUUUGCAAUGGCUCGCAAAAACAACGAUUCUCAAUAUAUACCCACCCAUAUUCCUUCAAAAAUUCACGAUUCCGGAAACGUCAAAUGCUUCCAGGACUAGUACUGCUCUAUUGGAAAGUGAGAAAUCUAAUACAAAACUCCAGGCCAGUCCUAGAGGUCGGGACCGAGUACCUUUGCAAUGGCUCGCAAAAACAACGAUUCUCAAUAUAUACCCACCCAUAUUCCUUCAAAAAUUCAUGAUUCCGGAAACGUCAAAUGCUUCCAGGACUAGUACUGCUCUACUGGAAAGUGAGAAAUCUAAUACAAAACUCCAGGCCAGUCCCAGAGGUCGGGUCCGAGUACCUUUGCAAUGGCUCGCAAAAACAACGAUUCUCAAUAUAUACCCACCCAUAUUCCUUCAAAAAUUCACGAUUCCGGAAACGUCAAAUGCUUCCAGGACUAGUACUGCUCUAUUGGAAAGUGAGAAAUCUAAUACAAAACUCCAGGCCAGUCCUAGAGGUCGGGACCGAGUACCUUUGCAAUGGCUCGCAAAAACAACGAUUCUCAAUAUAUACCCACCCAUAUUCCUUCAAAAAUUCAUGAUUCCGGAAACGUCAAAUGCUUCCAGGACUAGUACUGCUCUACUGGAAAGUGAGAAAUCUAAUACAAAACUCCAGGCCAGUCCCAGAGGUCGGGCCAGUCCCAGAGGUUGGGUCCGAGUACCUUUGCAAUGGCUCGCAAAAACAACGAUUCUCAAUAUAUACCCACCCAUAUUCCUUCAAAACUUCACGAUUCCGGAAACGUCAAAUGUUUCCAGGACUAGUUCUGCUCUAUUGGAAAGUGAGAAAUCUAAUACAAAACUCCAGGCCAGUCCCAGAGGUUGGGUCCGAGUACCUUUGCAAUGGCUCGCAAAAACAACGAUUCUCAAUAUAUACCCACCCAUAUUCCUUCAAAAAUUCACGAUUCCGGGAACGUCAAAUGUUUUCAGGACUAGUACUGCUCUAUUGGAAAGUGAGAAAUCUAAUACAAAACUCCAGGCCAGUCCUAGAGGUCGGGUCCGAGUACCUUUGCAAUGGCUCGCAAAAACAACGAUUCUCAAUAUAUACCCACCCAUAUUCCUUCAAAAAUUCACGAUUCCGGAAACGUCAAAUGCUUCCAGGACUAGUACUGCUCUAUUGGAAAGUGAGAAAUCUAAUACAAAACUCCAGGCCAGUCCUAGAGGUCGGGUCCGAGUACCUUUGCAAUGGCUCGCAAAAACAACGAUUCUCAAUAUAUACCCACCCAUAUUCCUUCAAAAAUUCAUGAUUCCGGAAACGUCAAAUGCUUCCAGGACUAGUACUGCUCUACUGGAAAGUGAGAAAUCUAAUACAAAACUCCAGGCCAGUCCCAGAGGCUGGGUCCGAGUACCUUUGCAAUGGCUCGCAAAAACAACGAUUCUCAAUAUAUACCCACCCAUAUUCCUUCAAAACUUCACGAUUCCGGAAACGUCAAAUGUUUCCAGGACUAGUUCUGCUCUAUUGGAAAGUGAGAAAUCUAAUACAAAACUCCAGGCCAGUCCCAGAGGUUGGGUCCGAGUACCUUUGCAAUGGCUCGCAAAAACAACGAUUCUCAAUAUAUACCCACCCAUAUUCCUUCAAAACUUCACGAUUCCGGAAACGUCAAAUGUUUCCAGGACUAGUUCUGCUCUAUUGGAAAGUGAGAAAUCUAAUACAAAACUCCAGGCCAGUCCCAGAGGUUGGGUCCGAGUACCUUUGCAAUGGCUCGCAAAAACAACGAUUCUCAAUAUAUACCCACCCAUAUUCCUUCAAAAAUUCACGAUUCCGGGAACGUCAAAUGUUUCCAGGACUAGUACUGCUCUAUUGGAAAGUGAGAAAUCUAAUACAAAACUCCAGGCCAGUCCUAGAGGUCGGGUCCGAGUACCUUUGCAAUGGCUCGCAAAAACAACGAUUCUCAAUAUAUACCCACCCAUAUUCCUUCAAAAAUUCACGAUUCCGGGAACGUCAAAUGUUUCCAGGACUAGUACUGCUCUAUUGGAAAGUGAGAAAUCUAAUACAAAACUCCAGGCCAGUCCUAGAGGUCGGGUCCGAGUACCUUUGCAAUGGCUCGCAAAAACAACGAUUCUCAAUAUAUACCCACCCAUAUUCCUUCAAAAAUUCAUGAUUCCGGAAACGUCAAAUGCUUCCAGGACUAGUACUGCUCUACUGGAAAGUGAGAAAUCUAAUACAAAACUCCAGGCCAGUCCUAGAGGUCGGGUCCGAGUACCUUUGCAAUGGCUCGCAAAAACAACGAUUCUCAAUAUAUACCCACCCAUAUUCCUUCAAAAAUUCACGAUUCCGGAAACGUCAAAUGCUUCCAGGACUAGUACUGCUCUAUUGGAAAGUGAGAAAUCUAAUACAAAACUCCAGGCCAGUCCUAGAGGUCGGGACCGAGUACCUUUGCAAUGGCUCGCAAAAACAACGAUUCUCAAUAAAUACCCACCCGUAUUCCUUCAAAAAUUCAUGACUCCGGAAACGUCAAAUGCUUCCAGGACUAGUACUGCUCUACUGGAAAGUGAGAAAUCUAAUACAAAACUCCAGGCCAGUCCUAGAGGACUAGUUCUGCUCUAUUGGAAAAUGAGAAAUCUAAUACAAAACUCCAGGCCAGUCCCAGAGGCUGGGACUAGUUCUGCUCUAUUGGAAAGUGAGAAAUCUAAUACAAAACUCCAGGCCAGUCCCAGAGGUUGGGUCCGAGUACCUUUGCAAUGGCUCGCAAAAACAACGAUUCUCAAUAUAUACCCACCCAUAUUCCUUCAAAACUUCACGAUUCCGGAAACGUCAAAUGUUUCCAGGACUAGUUCUGCUCUAUUGGAAAGUGAGAAAUCUAAUACAAAACUCCAGGCCAGUCCCAGAGGUUGGGUCCGAGUACCUUUGCAAUGGCUCGCAAAAACAACGAUUCUCAAUAUAUACCCACCCAUAUUCCUUCAAAAAUUCACGAUUCCGGGAACGUCAAAUGUUUCCAGGACUAGUACUGCUCUAUUGGAAAGUGAGAAAUCUAAUACAAAACUCCAGGCCAGUCCUAGAGGUCGGGUCCGAGUACCUUUGCAAUGGCUCGCAAAAACAACGAUUUUCAAUAUAUACCCACCCAUAUUCCUUCAAAAAUUCACGAUUCCGGAAACGUCAAAUGCUUCCAGGACUAGUACUGCUCUAUUGGAAAGUGAGAAAUCUAAUACAAAACUCCAGGCCAGUCCUAGAGGUCGGGUCCGAGUACCUUUGCAAUGGCUCGCAAAAACAACGAUUCUCAAUAUAUACCCACCCAUAUUCCUUCAAAAAUUCAUGAUUCCGGAAACGUCAAAUGCUUCCAGGACUAGUACUGCUCUACUGGAAAGUGAGAAAUCUAAUACAAAACUCCAGGCCAGUCCUAGAGGUCGGGUCCGAGUACCUUUGCAAUGGCUCGCAAAAACAACGAUUCUCAAUAUAUACCCACCCAUAUUCCUUCAAAAAUUCACGAUUCCGGAAACGUCAAAUGCUUCCAGGACUAGUACUGCUCUAUUGGAAAGUGAGAAAUCUAAUACAAAACUCCAGGCCAGUCCUAGAGGUCGGGACCGAGUACCUUUGCAAUGGCUCGCAAAAACAACGAUUCUCAAUAUAUACCCACCCAUAUUCCUUCAAAAAUUCAUGAUUCCGGAAACGUCAAAUGCUUCCAGGACUAGUACUGCUCUACUGGAAAGUGAGAAAUCUAAUACAAAACUCCAGGCCAGUCCCAGAGGUUGGGUCCGAGUACCUUUGCAAUGGCUCGCAAAAACAACGAUUCUCAAUAUAUACCCACCCAUAUUCCUUCAAAAAUUCACGAUUCCGGGAACGUCAAAUGUUUUCAGGACUAGUACUGCUCUAUUGGAAAGUGAGAAAUCUAAUACAAAACUCCAGGCCAGUCCUAGAGGUCGGGUCCGAGUACCUUUGCAAUGGCUCGCAAAAACAACGAUUCUCAAUAUAUACCCACCCAUAUUCCUUCAAAAAUUCACGAUUCCGGAAACGUCAAAUGCUUCCAGGACUAGUACUGCUCUAUUGGAAAGUGAGAAAUCUAAUACAAAACUCCAGGCCAGUCCUAGAGGUCGGGUCCGAGUACCUUUGCAAUGGCUCGCAAAAACAACGAUUCUCAAUAUAUACCCACCCAUAUUCCUUCAAAAAUUCAUGAUUCCGGAAACGUCAAAUGCUUCCAGGACUAGUACUGCUCUACUGGAAAGUGAGAAAUCUAAUACAAAACUCCAGGCCAGUCCUAGAGGUCGGGUCCGAGUACCUUUGCAAUGGCUCGCAAAAACAACGAUUCUCAAUAUAUACCCACCCAUAUUCCUUCAAAAAUUCACGAUUCCGGAAACGUCAAAUGCUUCCAGGACUAGUACUGCUCUAUUGGAAAGUGAGAAAUCUAAUACAAAACUCCAGGCCAGUCCUAGAGGUCGGGACCGAGUACCUUUGCAAUGGCUCGCAAAAACAACGAUUCUCAAUAAAUACCCACCCGUAUUCCUUCAAAAAUUCAUGAUUCCGGAAACGUCAAAUGCUUCCAGGACUAGUACUGCUCUACUGGAAAGUGAGAAAUCUAAUACAAAACUCCAGGCCAGUCCCAGAGGACUAGUUCUGCUCUAUUGGAAAAUGAGAAAUCUAAUACAAAACUCCAGGCCAGUCCCAGAGGCUGGGACUAGUUCUGCUCUAUUGGAAAAUGAGAAAUCUAAUACAAAACUCCAGGCCAGUCCCAGAGGUUGGGUCCGAGUACCUUUGCAAUGGCUCGCAAAAACAACGAUUCUCAAUAUAUACCCACCCAUAUUCCUUCAAAACUUCACGAUUCCGGAAACGUCAAAUGUUUCCAGGACUAGUUCUGCUCUAUUGGAAAGUGAGAAAUCUAAUACAAAACUCCAGGCCAGUCCCAGAGGUUGGGUCCGAGUACCUUUGCAAUGGCUCGCAAAAACAACGAUUCUCAAUAUAUACCCACCCAUAUUCCUUCAAAAAUUCACGAUUCCGGGAACGUCAAAUGUUUCCAGGACUAGUACUGCUCUAUUGGAAAGUGAGAAAUCUAAUACAAAACUCCAGGCCAGUCCUAGAGGUCGGGUCCGAGUACCUUUGCAAUGGCUCGCAAAAACAACGAUUCUCAAUAUAUACCCACCCAUAUUCCUUCAAAAAUUCACGAUUCCGGAAACGUCAAAUGCUUCCAGGACUAGUACUGCUCUAUUGGAAAGUGAGAAAUCUAAUACAAAACUCCAGGCCAGUCCUAGAGGUCGGGUCCGAGUACCUUUGCAAUGGCUCGCAAAAACAACGAUUCUCAAUAUAUACCCACCCAUAUUCCUUCAAAAAUUCAUGAUUCCGGAAACGUCAAAUGCUUCCAGGACUAGUACUGCUCUACUGGAAAGUGAGAAAUCUAAUACAAAACUCCAGGCCAGUCCUAGAGGUCGGGUCCGAGUACCUUUGCAAUGGCUCGCAAAAACAACGAUUCUCAAUAUAUACCCACCCAUAUUCCUUCAAAAAUUCACGAUUCCGGAAACGUCAAAUGUUUCCAGGACUAGUUCUGCUCUAUUGGAAAGUGAGAAAUCUAAUACAAAACUCCAGGCCAGUCCCAGAGGUUGGGUCCGAGUACCUUUGCAAUGGCUCGCAAAAACAACGAUUCUCAAUAUAUACCCACCCAUAUUCCUUCAAAAAUUCACGAUUCCGGGAACGUCAAAUGUUUCCAGGACUAGUACUGCUCUAUUGGAAAGUGAGAAAUCUAAUACAAAACUCCAGGCCAGUCCUAGAGGUUGGGUCCGAGUACCUUUGCAAUGGCUCGCAAAAACAACGAUUCUCAAUAUAUACCCACCCAUAUUCCUUCAAAACUUCACGAUUCCGGAAACGUCAAAUGUUUCCAGGACUAGUUCUGCUCUAUUGGAAAGUGAGAUAUCUAAUACAAAACUCCAGGCCAGUCCCAGAGGUUGGGUCCGAGUACCUUUGCAAUGGCUCGCAAAAACAACGAUUCUCAAUAUAUACCCACCCAUAUUCCUUCAAAAAUUCACGAUUCCGGGAACGUCAAAUGUUUUCAGGACUAGUACUGCUCUAUUGGAAAGUGAGAAAUCUAAUACAAAACUCCAGGCCAGUCCUAGAGGACUAGUUCUGCUCUAUUGGAAAAUGAGAAAUCUAAUACAAAACUCCAGGCCAGUCCCAGAGGCUGGGACUAGUUCUGCUCUAUUGGAAAAUGAGAAAUCUAAUACAAAACUCCAGGCCAGUCCCAGAGGUUGGGUCCGAGUACCUUUGCAAUGGCUCGCAAAAACAACGAUUCUCAAUAUAUACCCACCCAUAUUCCUUCAAAACUUCACGAUUCCGGAAACGUCAAAUGUUUCCAGGACUAGUUCUGCUCUAUUGGAAAGUGAGAAAUCUAAUACAAAACUCCAGGCCAGUCCCAGAGGUUGGGUCCGAGUACCUUUGCAAUGGCUCGCAAAAACAACGAUUCUCAAUAUAUACCCACCCAUAUUCCUUCAAAAAUUCACGAUUCCGGGAACGUCAAAUGUUUCCAGGACUAGUACUGCUCUAUUGGAAAGUGAGAAAUCUAAUACAAAACUCCAGGCCAGUCCUAGAGGUCGGGUCCGAGUACCUUUGCAAUGGCUCGCAAAAACAACGAUUCUCAAUAUAUACCCACCCAUAUUCCUUCAAAAAUUCACGAUUCCGGAAACGUCAAAUGCUUCCAGGACUAGUACUGCUCUAUUGGAAAGUGAGAAAUCUAAUACAAAACUCCAGGCCAGUCCUAGAGGUCGGGUCCGAGUACCUUUGCAAUGGCUCGCAAAAACAACGAUUCUCAAUAUAUACCCACCCAUAUUCCUUCAAAAAUUCAUGAUUCCGGAAACGUCAAAUGCUUCCAGGACUAGUACUGCUCUACUGGAAAGUGAGAAAUCUAAUACAAAACUCCAGGCCAGUCCUAGAGGUCGGGUCCGAGUACCUUUGCAAUGGCUCGCAAAAACAACGAUUCUCAAUAUAUACCCACCCAUAUUCCUUCAAAAAUUCACGAUUCCGGAAACGUCAAAUGUUUCCAGGACUAGUUCUGCUCUAUUGGAAAGUGAGAAAUCUAAUACAAAACUCCAGGCCAGUCCCAGAGGUUGGGUCCGAGUACCUUUGCAAUGGCUCGCAAAAACAACGAUUCUCAAUAUAUACCCACCCAUAUUCCUUCAAAAAUUCACGAUUCCGGGAACGUCAAAUGUUUCCAGGACUAGUACUGCUCUAUUGGAAAGUGAGAAAUCUAAUACAAAACUCCAGGCCAGUCCUAGAGGUCGGGUCCGAGUACCUUUGCAAUGGCUCGCAAAAACAACGAUUCUCAAUAUAUACCCACCCAUAUUCCUUCAAAAAUUCACGAUUCCGGAAACGUCAAAUGCUUCCAGGACUAGUACUGCUCUAUUGGAAAGUGAGAAAUCUAAUACAAAACUCCAGGCCAGUCCUAGAGGUCGGGUCCGAGUACCUUUGCAAUGGCUCGCAAAAACAACGAUUCUCAAUAUAUACCCACCCAUAUUCCUUCAAAAAUUCAUGAUUCCGGAAACGUCAAAUGCUUCCAGGACUAGUACUGCUCUACUGGAAAGUGAGAAAUCUAAUACAAAACUCCAGGCCAGUCCUAGAGGUCGGGUCCGAGUACCUUUGCAAUGGCUCGCAAAAACAACGAUUCUCAAUAUAUACCCACCCAUAUUCCUUCAAAAAUUCACGAUUCCGGAAACGUCAAAUGCUUCCAGGACUAGUACUGCUCUAUUGGAAAGUGAGAAAUCUAAUACAAAACUCCAGGCCAGUCCUAGAGGUCGGGACCGAGUACCUUUGCAAUGGCUCGCAAAAACAACGAUUCUCAAUAUAUACCCACCCAUAUUCCUUCAAAAAUUCAUGAUUCCGGAAACGUCAAAUGCUUCCAGGACUAGUACUGCUCUACUGGAAAGUGAGAAAUCUAAUACAAAACUCCAGGCCAGUCCCAGAGGUCGGGCCAGUCCCAGAGGUUGGGUCCGAGUACCUUUGCAAUGGCUCGCAAAAACAACGAUUCUCAAUAUAUACCCACCCAUAUUCCUUCAAAACUUCACGAUUCCGGAAACGUCAAAUGUUUCCAGGACUAGUUCUGCUCUAUUGGAAAGUGAGAAAUCUAAUACAAAACUCCAGGCCAGUCCCAGAGGUUGGGUCCGAGUACCUUUGCAAUGGCUCGCAAAAACAACGAUUCUCAAUAUAUACCCACCCAUAUUCCUUCAAAAAUUCACGAUUCCGGGAACGUCAAAUGUUUUCAGGACUAGUACUGCUCUAUUGGAAAGUGAGAAAUCUAAUACAAAACUCCAGGCCAGUCCUAGAGGUCGGGUCCGAGUACCUUUGCAAUGGCUCGCAAAAACAACGAUUCUCAAUAUAUACCCACCCAUAUUCCUUCAAAAAUUCACGAUUCCGGAAACGUCAAAUGCUUCCAGGACUAGUACUGCUCUAUUGGAAAGUGAGAAAUCUAAUACAAAACUCCAGGCCAGUCCUAGAGGUCGGGUCCGAGUACCUUUGCAAUGGCUCGCAAAAACAACGAUUCUCAAUAUAUACCCACCCAUAUUCCUUCAAAAAUUCAUGAUUCCGGAAACGUCAAAUGCUUCCAGGACUAGUACUGCUCUACUGGAAAGUGAGAAAUCUAAUACAAAACUCCAGGCCAGUCCUAGAGGUCGGGUCCGAGUACCUUUGCAAUGGCUCGCAAAAACAACGAUUCUCAAUAUAUACCCACCCAUAUUCCUUCAAAAAUUCACGAUUCCGGAAACGUCAAAUGCUUCCAGGACUAGUACUGCUCUAUUGGAAAGUGAGAAAUCUAAUACAAAACUCCAGGCCAGUCCUAGAGGUCGGGACCGAGUACCUUUGCAAUGGCUCGCAAAAACAACGAUUCUCAAUAAAUACCCACCCGUAUUCCUUCAAAAAUUCAUGAUUCCGGAAACGUCAAAUGCUUCCAGGACUAGUACUGCUCUACUGGAAAGUGAGAAAUCUAAUACAAAACUCCAGGCCAGUCCCAGAGGACUAGUUCUGCUCUAUUGGAAAAUGAGAAAUCUAAUACAAAACUCCAGGCCAGUCCCAGAGGCCAGUCCCAGAGGUUGGGUCCGAGUACCUUUGCAAUGGCUCGCAAAAACAACGAUUCUCAAUAUAUACCCACCCAUAUUCCUUCAAAACUUCACGAUUCCGGAAACGUCAAAUGUUUCCAGGACUAGUUCUGCUCUAUUGGAAAGUGAGAAAUCUAAUACAAAACUCCAGGCCAGUCCCAGAGGUUGGGUCCGAGUACCUUUGCAAUGGCUCGCAAAAACAACGAUUCUCAAUAUAUACCCACCCAUAUUCCUUCAAAACUUCACGAUUCCGGAAACGUCAAAUGUUUCCAGGACUAGUUCUGCUCUAUUGGAAAGUGAGAAAUCUAAUACAAAACUCCAGGCCAGUCCCAGAGGUUGGGUCCGAGUACCUUUGCAAUGGCUCGCAAAAACAACGAUUCUCAAUAUAUACCCACCCAUAUUCCUUCAAAAAUUCACGAUUCCGGGAACGUCAAAUGUUUCCAGGACUAGUACUGCUCUAUUGGAAAGUGAGAAAUCUAAUACAAAACUCCAGGCCAGUCCUAGAGGUCGGGUCCGAGUACCUUUGCAAUGGCUCGCAAAAACAACGAUUCUCAAUAUAUACCCACCCAUAUUCCUUCAAAAAUUCACGAUUCCGGAAACGUCAAAUGCUUCCAGGACUAGUACUGCUCUAUUGGAAAGUGAGAAAUCUAAUACAAAACUCCAGGCCAGUCCUAGAGGUCGGGUCCGAGUACCUUUGCAAUGGCUCGCAAAAACAACGAUUCUCAAUAUAUACCCACCCAUAUUCCUUCAAAAAUUCAUGAUUCCGGAAACGUCAAAUGCUUCCAGGACUAGUACUGCUCUACUGGAAAGUGAGAAAUCUAAUACAAAACUCCAGGCCAGUCCUAGAGGUCGGGUCCGAGUACCUUUGCAAUGGCUCGCAAAAACAACGAUUCUCAAUAUAUACCCACCCAUAUUCCUUCAAAAAUUCACGAUUCCGGAAACGUCAAAUGCUUCCAGGACUAGUACUGCUCUAUUGGAAAGUGAGAAAUCUAAUACAAAACUCCAGGCCAGUCCUAGAGGUCGGGACCGAGUACCUUUGCAAUGGCUCGCAAAAACAACGAUUCUCAAUAAAUACCCACCCAUAUUCCUUCAAAAAUUCAUGAUUCCGGAAACGUCAAAUGCUUCCAGGACUAGUACUGCUCUACUGGAAAGUGAGAAAUCUAAUACAAAACUCCAGGCCAGUCCCAGAGGUCGGGCCAGUCCCAGAGGUUGGGUCCGAGUACCUUUGCAAUGGCUCGCAAAAACAACGAUUCUCAAUAUAUACCCACCCAUAUUCCUUCAAAACUUCACGAUUCCGGAAACGUCAAAUGUUUCCAGGACUAGUUCUGCUCUAUUGGAAAGUGAGAAAUCUAAUACAAAACUCCAGGCCAGUCCCAGAGGUUGGGUCCGAGUACCUUUGCAAUGGCUCGCAAAAACAACGAUUCUCAAUAUAUACCCACCCAUAUUCCUUCAAAACUUCACGAUUCCGGAAACGUCAAAUGUUUCCAGGACUAGUUCUGCUCUAUUGGAAAGUGAGAAAUCUAAUACAAAACUCCAGGCCAGUCCCAGAGGUUGGGUCCGAGUACCUUUGCAAUGGCUCGCAAAAACAACGAUUCUCAAUAUAUACCCACCCAUAUUCCUUCAAAAAUUCACGAUUCCGGGAACGUCAAAUGUUUCCAGGACUAGUACUGCUCUAUUGGAAAGUGAGAAAUCUAAUACAAAACUCCAGGCCAGUCCUAGAGGUCGGGUCCGAGUACCUUUGCAAUGGCUCGCAAAAACAACGAUUCUCAAUAUAUACCCACCCAUAUUCCUUCAAAAAUUCACGAUUCCGGAAACGUCAAAUGCUUCCAGGACUAGUACUGCUCUAUUGGAAAGUGAGAAAUCUAAUACAAAACUCCAGGCCAGUCCUAGAGGUCGGGUCCGAGUACCUUUGCAAUGGCUCGCAAAAACAACGAUUCUCAAUAUAUACCCACCCAUAUUCCUUCAAAAAUUCAUGAUUCCGGAAACGUCAAAUGCUUCCAGGACUAGUACUGCUCUACUGGAAAGUGAGAAAUCUAAUACAAAACUCCAGGCCAGUCCUAGAGGUCGGGUCCGAGUACCUUUGCAAUGGCUCGCAAAAACAACGAUUCUCAAUAUAUACCCACCCAUAUUCCUUCAAAAAUUCACGAUUCCGGAAACGUCAAAUGCUUCCAGGACUAGUACUGCUCUAUUGGAAAGUGAGAAAUCUAAUACAAAACUCCAGGCCAGUCCUAGAGGUCGGGACCGAGUACCUUUGCAAUGGCUCGCAAAAACAACGAUUCUCAAUAAAUACCCACCCAUAUUCCUUCAAAAAUUCAUGAUUCCGGAAACGUCAAAUGCUUCCAGGACUAGUACUGCUCUACUGGAAAGUGAGAAAUCUAAUACAAAACUCCAGGCCAGUCCCAGAGGUCGGGUCCGAGUACCUUUGCAAUGGCUCGCAAAAACAACGAUUCUCAAUAUAUACCCACCCAUAUUCCUUCAAAACUUCACGAUUCCGUAA